AUGAUCGCCUCAUUCAUCUUCGUCCUUCUCCUGUCCGUCAUCGCCUUCACAGCGGACGCCCGAUGCGGCACCACCUGCCUGUUCCGCCUCUGCCGCACCGACGGCUCCUUUCGUUUCAAUCCGACGGGUACGGCCGUCCUUCUCCGCGGGGCUGGCUACACGCGCUCAGCAUCCGUCUGCCGCGACUUCCCGGACGGCCGGACGCUCGGCAACAUCCGCAAAACUGGCGUUGCCGUCAUUGAAGCGGUCAGGAGCAAAACUAGCUUUGACGGCUAUGGAACGGUCAAGCGAGACACCCUCAUCAACAGGUACAGGCCCAACGGACUGAGCCACCCGUUCCCGAGAAACUACUUCCGUCUUUCCCCUCAUUUGUUCCAGCGCGAACUGAGGGGCAUCUCCCGCCGUGGCCCCGUGGGUAAUCAGGAUGACUUCCUCGGCGGCCUCUGCAUCCGUCUUCCGAUCCUGAACUACGACAUCCAGAACACCGAUGGGUCCGUGUUCCGCACGAUCUCGACGUCCGACGACAGGGACUGCGUCUCAUUCUCGCCGAUUGUGCGGCCGAUCGUGGUGGACGUGGCGUGGGAUUCGUCCGAUGACUUCAACCUUUCCGUUGACGGGCCGCCGGGCUCCCAGGGAAUACGUAACCGUGACAACUUGAUGUACCACUGCGGCAAGUUGCCGGCCGGUAAGGAAGCUGUGUGGUUCAAGAACAUGGUUCCAGGAAAGUACACUGUCAAGCUGUUCCAUUUCAACAACUGCUUCAAUAAGCGCACGAGGUGGGAGGUCAACGUUGUGAUCAACGGAGUCAGGAUUGAACGUAAGUUGGGCCGGUCGAACGUGGACGGCAGGCAGGUUCUUGAGCUCGAGUUCACUGUCUAA